UUGAAUCAGGGUAGGGCUCUUCAUUGCUAAAUUACUUGAAAAGCCAUGCCGUUUACUCCAUUUUAUUAAAAGAAAAAAAACAAUUGAACCUUGUGGAGUGUAGUCAGUCUUUCGGUACCCAUCAUGGCACAAAUCACACCAUCAUCUGAUCUUGAUUUUGUUGAUGAUUUUUACUACUCGGCACUCUUUGAUGAAGACGAACAUGAAAUCUUUCCACCAUCUGACGAAAAGUAUGCCGAGGAGUUGCAGUUUCAAGAGGCUCUCAUGUCAUCCACCGUCUUUUCCAAAAUGGGUAACAAUGACAUCUGCAACCCAUGCAUCGCCCAUGCUUCAUCACCCCUGUUAAUCCAAGCCGUGCCUCUGCCCGAGUUACUGGAGAUGGAAACAGAGGAAACCGGUGAAUCCUCCUUAAGCUUCUGCGAGAUUUGCGCCGAAAGGAAAGAAAACGAUCAGAUGUUCAUUACGCAAAGCUGCAACCACUCUUACUGCUCCGAUUGCAUUAGCAAGCAUGUUUCGACGAGGGUUGAAGAAAACUUAACCGUAGUAAGGUGCCCUGGAGUGAAUUGCGAGACUGUCUUGGAACUCGAUGAGUGUAGGCCUCUGCUUCCCGAGGUGGUAAUCCAUCGGUGGGAAGAUGCUCUCUGUCAGGAGUUUAUUAGUGCAUCCCAGAGAUUUUAUUGCCCGUUCAGGGAUUGUUCAGCCUCACUGCUGAAUGAUGGGGGUGAAGUUAUUAGAGAAGCGCAGUGCCCAUUCUGCCACAGAUUGUUUUGUGCGCAGUGUUGUGUGCCAUGGCAUCCGGGGAUUGCAUGUGAGAAUUUCCAGAGGCUGAAUGAGUAUGAAAGAGGGAGAGAAGAUCUCAUGGUGAGGGAACUUGCCAAGGAGAAUAAAUGGGCUAGGUGCCCCAAGUGCAAAUACUAUGUUGAAAGAACAGCAGGUUGCCCACACAUGGUUUGCAGGUGUCAGUUCGAGUUUUGUUAUGGUUGCGGAGAAAAGUGGAGUAACACUCAUGGUGGCUGCCAAAGGGAUUAAGAACACAACAACUCAACAAUACCACAGUAAAUGUUAUCAUCUUUUAAGUUGUUUUUAGUCUCUUUAAAGAAACUAUUUGCAUCAGAUGUGCAGUAAGUUUAAUUUGGUCUAAUGUUCUUAGUUUAUGACACAUCAGAUAUAACUGAUGUAAUGAGGUAUGAACUAUUUGUUCGAUUUAGUACUGAGAAUUUGUUUGUUAUUACUCUUAGUUGUGAAUGAUGUUUAUCCAUUGGAGCUUGUUCUUGAUUGAUGAAGAUUGUGGUUCAUUGUGGUA